CCGUCAGACUCUCUCUCUCUUCUCUCUUUCUCUCUCUCUCUUUAAAUUUUCUCGAACCCCAUUUUCAUACAGACACAAUUUGACAUAAAUAAUAGAAAAAGAAAGCACUUCAUUCAAAAAAAUUCUCUUUUUCCUUUGCUUUUUUCUCUUCCUAAAAAAGCCUUUUUUGCUCUGGAAUGGUGAAGAUUUUAUACAUUUUACUAUCACUAAACUCUUAACUAUGCGGUCUUCAAAAAUUCACACUUUGUCUUCUUCACUACCACUCUCUCCUCAUUCUCCUCAAUCUCACUUUUCUCUCUGCUCUUUCCAUGGCUAUGGGGGGUGGCGGUGGUGGUGUUGUUGAAGUGAUUAAGAGCAAGGGUUGUUCUAGGCUGUUUGUUGGGAUUUCUUCUCCAUUGAAUUCUUUCAAGGGUCUUCAACCAGUUGAGCCAAUGUCCCCUGCUUCCUCCUCUGCUCGGUCCGAGCGAGUGGUUCUCAGAUCAACCGGACCCUUUAAUGGCCUUGUUAUAUGCGUCACUGGACUAUCCAAAGAAGCAAGAAAACAAGUAAAGGAAGCAACUGAAAGAUUAGGUGGCCAGUACAGUCCUAAUUUGCAUCCACAAUGUACCCAUUUGGUGGUUCAAAUAUCCUUUUCUUAUCAAAGUAAAUAUUUUGGUGGACGCAAGUUUGAGCAUGCUUCGAAGCACGGAUCAAGGAAUGGUCUCUUUGUUGUUACACUUGGAUGGUUUGUGGAUAGCGUAAGGAAGAACGUUAGGCUCAGUGAAACGCUUUACAGGAUCAAAAGCCUAGGAGAAAAUAAGGCUUUGGAUGACUGGAAUCGGCUUACUGGCUUUACUGGUGCUGAGAACUCUUGCCUUCCUGUUGGAGUUCGUGGAACUUCACAAUCUGAGACGAGCGAAGAACAUGCACGGUUUUCUGGAAGAGCCUCAGAGAGAAAUGAUGACUUCACUCUAUCUGGUCACUCUAUGUAUGUUGACUUGGAUAUUUCAGCCGAGCUUAGGAAUAAGGUUAUCGAGGCUGCUAGUAGAGAAGGUGCCACAUUUGUAGAUAAGUGGUUUGCUGGUUGCCAUGCGAGUCAUGUUGUGUGUGAAGGGUCUUCUAUCCGGAGAUAUCUUGGCCACUCUAGCAAUCUUGUUACUCCAUUAUGGGUUCUGAAAACAGCCAAGGAAAAGUAUGAGCAAAGGCUUGUGCAUAUGUCAACUGAUUUGGCCAGGCAGGUCAAUCUAAUGCUUGAAGAUUUUCAGAAUGGCAUUGCAAAGGAGGCAUCGAAAACGAGAAGUUUCCCUGAAGAUGCUCCGACUUUUACAAGUAAACCAAGUUUUGUAGAAAGGCAACAUAUAGCAAAUUCUGCUAAAAUUGGAGUCAGAAAUCGCCGUGGUCGUCGCAUGCAGACUUGUCAAACCCCAAUGCGUCCAAUAACUCCUACCAGCCUUCUUGAUUCGAUUUGCUGGUCAAUAUCUGAGCCAACUUCUACAGUUUCUAUUUACACCGAUUCUUUCAGCGCCGGAGAUGGUAGUGAACAGCAUACACCUCAAUUCUUUGAUGCAAAAGGAGAUGGCAAAGAUUCUGAAACUUCCUUCGCAAAUUUGACGCGGCCGCUCACCGAAAGUGAGAAGUCUGAAGUGAUAUUCAAAAACAAUUUUCUUACCAUUUUGUUUCCCGUUGACCGAUUUUCUGAGAUGGGGCCGUCUUCAAGAACGUUUUUCAGUGAUGAAGGCUUCACUUGUUUGCAGGUGCUGGAUCAUGUACAUGCAUUUUAUCAGGAAAACAUGUCGGUUCACGAAACAACGGUUGCAAUCCACACAGACUCGAGGCAUGCUGACCGCCUCCGAUCAAUCUACUCGAGUAAAGAAACAGCAGAGCGCGGUUAUGUGAUAUUCAAACGCAUUGACUUUUUAGGGAGUCGCAGAAGUUUCGAAAUGUUGAAGCGUGUUAAUGGAGACAAUAACAGUAAUGUUUACGAGCUUCUGAUCAGAGCAUGAGAUGAGAUGGUCACUAUUAUCACCACCACCAUUUUGACUUACCCUUUUGGUGUCAUUUGGAGCCAUGUCCAUUGCUUGUUCAAGUUUGAAGAAUGUGCUGUUGAAUUCUUAAUUGAGAGUGUCAAGGUGACAUGGGAAGAGCCUUCUUAUUUUGGGUGCUGUGUGCUACACAAUACAUGUUUGAAGAACUUUUUUUUCUAUAUGGCCUACAAGCUAUGGAGUGCAAAUGUUUUAGUGUGCCAUAUUUUUUUUCUUUCCUUUUAAUACAUAUAUGUAAGAUUAAAUGUGAAUAAGUCAGGUCUGUUGUUUGCUGUGAGUUAAUUCUUUUAAGUGGAAAAAGAAAAAGAUUAUUCUUACUGA